GGCCAGCGCUGUUUCCAUGGGUUCGAUGAUUAUUACGUGAUGUGGAGGUUGCUGCAGGGCAGUGGGCGGCCCAUUUGUUACCGGCCCCUUUGUUCAAGUGUGCGGUCGUUAGCCACACCGCGGGAGGACACAAGAGGAACAUAACUAGGAGACUUACAAGGACGAAGCUAUUCAUUCAGCGAAGACUACCCGGGGUGUAGCGUUCGGAGACUUGACAAGUCAUACCACCUGCUAUGGAGUAACGAGGUCUUCUGGCUGGAGAUUUGUUCACUUAUUUCGGUGGAUGAUCCCCUCGCAUCGUUCUUAAAAGUUAUUGUGGUGUGUUUUGAGAGUGAAAGAGAAGGAGAAAACCCGAGCAUCACAGGAAUGAAUAUGUCUGCGACAUGCAAAGCUGACAGGCAGUACAGCAUGGACGAAGAGUCGCUGAGUUUACAUGACAUUAAUCUGACCAUGUCGUGCACGUGCAUGGACCUCGCUCUACAAGGAGAACGCCUGUGCAAAGCCGGCGACUGCCGUGCCGGAGUACAGUUUUUCGAGGCAGCGGUUCAGGCUGGAACAGAUGACCUCAAAACGCUUGGUGCCAUUUACAGCCAACUGGGCAAUGCCUACUUCUACCUUCAGGACUAUGACAAGGCCCUUGAGUACCAUAAACACGACCUCAAUCUUGCAAGAGCCUGUCGAGACCGCAUCGGGGAAGCCAAGGCCAGCGGGAAUCUAGGAAACACGUUGAAGGUGAUCGGCAAGUUCGACGAGGCUAUCAUCUGCUGCAUGAGACAUUUGGAGAUAUCCAGAGAACUAAAAGACAGGCUGGGGGAGGCACGCGCAUUGUACAAUCUCGGCAAUGUGUGGCAUGCCAAGGGCAAGCACAUGGGCCGCACGGGCAACCAGGAUCCGGGAGAGUUCCCGCCACAGGUCAAGGAGUGCUUGCAACAGGCCGCCCAGUUUUAUGAGGAGAACUUGGCACUUGUCAAGGAGCUAGGUGACAGAUCAGCACAAGGGAGGGCAUGUGGUAACCUAGGCAACACUCACUACCUCUUGGGCAACUUCCGUCAGGCCAUUGGCUACCAUGAAGAGCGCCUGUCUAUUGCGAAAGAGUUUGGGGACAAGGCAGCAGAACGAAGAGCAUACACAAACUUGGGCAACGCACACAUCUUUCUGGGCGAGUUUGAAAUUGCUGCAGAGCACUACAAAAAAAGCCUGGCCAUUGCCAAGUCUCUUCAAGACCAAGCUCUAGAAGCUCAAGCCUGCUACAGUUUGGGCAACACCUACACCUUGCUGCGGGACUUUCCUCUAGCCAUUGAGUACCACAUGCGUCAUCUUCGCAUAGCUCGGGAGCUUCAGGACCGUGUUGGCGAAAGCCGAGCCUACUGGAGCCUUGGCAAUGCACAUUCAGCCCUGGGGAACCAUGAGGCAGCACUAGAUUUUGCCAACAAGCACUUAGAGAUCUCCAAAGAGAUAGGGGAUGAGACAGGACAAAUGACUGCCCAGAUGAACUUGUCUGAUCUGAAAUCUGUGCUUGGCAUUCAUAAUAUGAAUCAGAGUGAAGCAGCAAGAAAAAGCGAAGAUAUUGCCGAUGUUGCAAUGAGUCGAAAACCAGAAAGAGCAAGAAGAUUUAGUAUGGAAAACAUGGAGAUAAUGAAACUUACCCCUGAUAAGAAGGACAAGGGCAAGGCAGAGGGUGGUGCAAGGCCCAAACAGAAAGUCCAAAAGUCUGCGAGCAUUGCAACUGACAUGGACCACAAUACCCAUCAUGCACAAAAGCAAACACCAAUAGACAAUGGAGAAAUCAAGAAUGGAAGUGGGGACGACAUGGAUGAAGACAGUUUCUUUGAACUUCUUACACGCUUCCAAAGCCGACGCAUUGAUGAUCAACGCUGCUCGUUUCGUCUUCUUGAAAGUGCUCCUGCCACACCUGCUCACCCAGACACCAAAUCUAAGGACUUGGCUUCACUGGUGGCCUCUCCAGGGACAGAAGAACUGUUGGACAUGGUUGCAGGUUUUCAGGGGUCACGCAUGAAUGAUCAGCGGGCAUCUCUACCCUCCUUCCCAGGCCUGAACUCAGGUGAUGUCAUCAAUCAGUUGCUGACCAGUGGGCAGGACAGUCAAGUACCAGAUGACAGUUUCUUUGAGAUGCUUAUGCGAUGCCAGGCUACUAGGCUGGAAGAUCAACGUAGUGAACUUCCAAAAGAGCUGCCACAUCCAACUGUUCCAGAUGAGGACUUUUUCAGCCUUAUCAUGAAAGUCCAGUCCAGUCGAUUAGACGAGCAGCGCUCAAACAUGCCGAAAAAGCCUACCCAGAACACUCCUGGCAAAAAGAAGAAAAAGGGAACAUAGUGCUGUUCAGACCCUUUUUCCUUGCUCUGUGACAAAGUGAUCAAAAGGUGAUCAUCAAGAUGUGUUACUGAUAUGCAGUCUUGAGUUGUGUCCUUCACAGUGAUUUGUGCUAUUGAAAGUGAAUAUGACAUUUAUGCAGACAAGGUGGAGUACUAGAGCUGCUUUCAAGGUGCCAUCAUCUGGAGAAAAAUUAUGGCUGCAUUGAGAAGCAAGCAAAGAAUUUUACCUGUGCAAAUAAAACUGAAUAUCAAACAAUGGUAGUUUCUUCCACUUUUCAACAGAAAAGUCCUUAAAAAAUUUAUUUUUCUUUCAAACUGUGUUCUUCUCCACGUUAGUAACUAAUUGCUUUGAGGACAGUUUUAUAUGCAGUGUUCAUGUGCACAGUCUCUUUUCUCUCCUUCCCCUCCGCUUUUCUCUCACACAUACACAGUAAACAAUAAAAAUACAAACAUAGCCACACAACAUACAGCAAGAAAGCAUGAAACUACCAUCAUAUUUUUUUAAUAAACAACUACAUCAUGAUGCCUUUGUUUUUAUAAGAAAUACUGCCAAAAGGCAUUUUUUGAGCUAAGGGGAAAAAAAGAGUUUAUCUGUAUUUUUUUCAAAUGUAUUAUAUGUAUAAAUUUUUAAUCUCGAACUGUCAUUUCUAUGAUAGGAUUAUUUUGAAGCAUAGGCUGCAUGAAUCAUUAAGUACUCUUGCUUUCUUAAAAGUGAUGCAGUGUCUGUUGAAUGACGUCUGCACUGACAUAACAGCAGUAACUUCAAACUAGAACAGAAGAAUUCUAGUAAAUUUGUUUUGGUUCAUUAAAUUUUCAGAAUCAAGCAUAUGAUAAUUUUUGUGUAACAGCAAGAACAAGGUUUAAAUUCUUCAUUGGAAAAAAAAGUUUGUACAAGGAUGGAAAAAAAUUAACAGUGCCUAUUCUAAUGCUUGGAGAUUUUCUUUAGAUUGGUGACUAUCUUUCCUUGAGCUUCCAUCAGGUCCUGACUUCAAAAAGAAGGGAUCAGAAGUUUUGGAAUAGUGUCUUAGCAUGGGGCUUUUUUAACCAAAUGCAUAGUCAGAUAUGUGUCUCUUAGAAAAGCCCUUUGUAAACAUUUGAAUUGAAAUCUAAUAAAUUUUAAGCUAAUGAUUGAUAGUUUUAGCAUGUGUAGAAAUAAUUCUUAUUUGUUAUUUGUUAGAUACACUUGACACUUUUUACAGGCCAGUGGAUUUGAACAGGAUUUUUGUUUAUUGUGUUUUGCACAGACUGCAGUGUAUUCACAUUUAUAUGGCCAUUGAACAUUUGUUAUUGCCUGGAUAAAAUCUUGACUCUUUUACUCCAUCAAAAAAUGAAUGCAUUGCAUUUCUUUACUCUUGUUUGAGCUCUCUCGAAUAGAAUGGUAGCAUGUUGAGACAGUUCAUCUCGAUGACAGUUCACAGUCUCCUACAUCAGGCAUGUCGGGGUGUGGCUUUUAUUUUUUCACUUCCGGCAAAUAUUCACCAUUUAGUUCUAAUUAAAGACAGCAAUCACAAACAUGUUGCAGUGAAACAUGCCUUAUUGUUUUUUAAUCAUUUCAUCAGCACUCAGGUAGAUGGCACUGUGUAGAUAAGGAUCACCAGUCAGCACUCUGUGCUCAUCAUGCUCUGCUUUUUAACACUUUAUUAUGUACAUUUCUUCAGCAUAGGGCAUAGAAGAGAACUUGUGUUUCAGCUUUAUGAAGUAGUCUGGUUUGCUCUGUUUUUAAAAAUUUGUAAAUAACCUUGAUGGUGUUCACAUGUGAGUAGAGAAUUUGUAUUUGAGAACAUCUACAGUUUGCUUGUGCUGUCUUCUGUCAAUUAAUCCAGUGUUAGGUGAGAAUAAGAUUUCAUCCUGUAGACCAGACUAUAGAGUUGAGCCUCACGUUGCCGUGUGCUUGCAAGUGUGAAUGUGAAAAUGAGCAUAUGACAUCAUCUGUUUGCAAGUGCAAGCAUGUGUGCACUUGACAUCAUCUGUUCAUAUGGUAAUGAUCAUUAAAAAAAUGAGAUCUUUAGUUCUCUUGUUCUGAAUUUUCACUUUUGUGAUAUAAGAAAUAAAUUUUAUUUCAUGCCUCAACAAAUGUGAAGAAUGACUUACAUACUGUAGAAACUUCUGCCUUAUAAAAAAAUGAAUAAACCAAUUCAGACAAACUCCACAAAGAUACAAGUGACAAAAUUUUUCAAUAAGUUUCAAGAUUUUCCUUGCAGACAGCAUUUGUUAUAGUAAGCUGAUGCUUAUGUGCUUGAAUUAGAUAUCAAAUUUGUAUAACGUCACUGGAAGAUGGUGACUUCCAUAACAACCAAUACCCAUCAGCUUAAAGAGAGUAACUGCAUUUGAGAUUGAUAAGCAAAUUAGAAAUGCCACCAAUGAUCACUUUUACUACAGCAAGUAAAGUAGCAUGUAUCAGUUACGCUCACAGGUAUGAGAGUGACUUCUAAAAAGCUUUUAGAAAAAACUAAAAAAAAAAAACUACAACUAAAAAACAAACAAAUGAAGCAAAAAAACUUUUCUUAAACAGUCAUGCAGCUGCUGUACUUACAAGCUAACAGCUGUAAAUUAAUUUUAAGGCCUUUUCAUUGGUGUAUAAACUAGUUAAUAAUAGUUUAGAGUUAGGUGCCUUUUUUUUUUGUACAUAUUCUGCUUUCCAAUGGAGAAUGAUAAUGACAGCUUUCAUGAUGCAAACAUAUCUGAGGAGAGCUUUGCAACAAAAACUAUGGGCAUAAAUAAAUGUCCUAUGAGAUUUGGCACGUGGUAUAGAUUAUUUUAGUUGUUACUACCAGGGUAUUAAAGGGUAAACAUUUGACUUCAUGCAACAGACUGGUGGAAUUAAGUGCCAAAAAAGCAUUGAAAGUUGUUAAAGUUGUUACUUAAUGGCAUUUUACUGUCUUGCAAUUGUGUUUGUGCUACUUUGGUCUUUCCAAGAGAUGGACAUGUGUAAGGAGUCCUUUCUGUUUUUCAUUUCGGAAUAUUGACUAUUUCUAUUCCAACACUCUAGAAGAAAGUAUCGGCUUGAGCAUGUGGGUUUGUGUUAAUUUCCUUUGUACUUAACUAUAGCCUUGAAUUUUAUAAUUUUGUCUGAGUCUCCUUGGUGGUUGGAGGGGGUAUUUUUUGGCCUACCAUUGCUCGUGAUAAUCAGAAAAGGAUGCAUGUUGAAAUUGAUUUGCUUCCCAGAAAUAUUUUGCACCUCAUAUAUCUGAAAUAAUUAAAAUGUUAUUUGUCAUCUCAAAUGCUUCAUGAAUAGAAUUAUGCAAAAUUAGUGAAAAAUACAAUACUUUAUGCACUCAUUAGAUUUUUGUGUGCAUUCACAUGCUUUUUUUGGCAGUAGAUGACUUUUUGACUAAAGGCAUAAAUCGUUUGUGAAAAUGUUUACAAUGUGGUUGCAGGAAUUUAUUUUGACAUCCAUUGCAAACAUCAUUGCUUACAACCAUUUGCCUAGAAAAUUUUUUUUUUUAGAAAUUAAAGAAGGUAUUUGCUGUGAAUUGUUUACAUAUAGUUUUUCUGAGAUUAAAUUCUAUUACCUUUAUGGAGGAAUAAAUAAGAUGUAAUGUUUUUUUCCAAUUGUAUGUUCACAUAAUGAAAAUGCUUGUUGACUGGCUUCAUGGCUUAAAAUACUAACUGCAUAUAGCUUGAUCAGAGGCCUAAUAGUGUUAAUUGUGAUAGUAGUCUUCAGUUGCAUUAGUCAGUUCCACUUGCCAAAAAAGCAGAUUGUACCACAUAUAGAAGGCAAUAAUUUUUUCAUGGAUAAUGCUUAAUUGAUGCAUCACCUUGUCCAAUGAAAAGAGAAGUUAUAUUGCUUGUCUCUGUGCAUCCAUGUACCCAGUUUGGUAGGGGUGGUUUGUCCACAGUAAGGAGGAAAAAAACUUACUACUCGCAUUCUAAAGGAAAAAAGCUUUUUACAUUAUAUUCUUUGAGUCCACAAAAUUCCAAAGGAAUUUGAAAACUUUUUUUACUAGCUUCAGAAAUGCCAUUAAAACCCACCCAAAAUUUCUAAGUAUGCUGACAUUUGAAAUUACAUUUUCAUUCUUGCAAAUGUUGAGGAAGAUCUGCUGUACUUGCAUAGAAACAAAAAUUCUUUCCCAACUUUUGCAAGAACUUGUUAUUUUACUUGUUUAUGUGUACAUCAGAAUGCGAAUGGCCAGGAUUUGAGGUUGGUGGUGGGAAAGUUAUUAAUGGGAAUGCAACACAAAUAGAAAUGUGUGCUAUAUCUGUAGCACAUUUUUUUUUUACAAAUAAAAUGUGUAGCUCUCAUGGGGUGAUACUGUUUUCAUUUCCUGAUUUUGAUUGGAGAAAUCAUGUGCUCUGGAGAAUCUCAGUGGAGUUGUAUGUUCAACACAAGAAGUCCAGAAUUCAGUAUUUGGUCCUUAGGAUAGUACCAUAGUGCUUACUGCAGUUGUUACUGUUAUCAUUAGUUAAUAAUGUGAGAAUAAAAUGAUUGCAUAAGCUU